CACAGUCCCGCCUGGCUUGGCAGCAGCUGGCCUCAGCAGAGGGCUCCUCCAGGAGCUUGGUCCCCCUCAUCCCCAGGUGGAUUCUUUCUUUUCAUUUCUGCGCACAUCAGCACCAAGAUCGUGCAGCUCCCUGCCUGGCGCCCCUUGUCCCUCAUCCCUCCUGAGAGCAAAAAUUGAACCCAGGCCCCCACCUUCAGCCCACCCCGCACUGUCAGAUGUUUCACCAGUGGUCAGCGCAGCCCGGCCGGACCCCAGGGGGGCCAGGACCCCAGCCGGAGGACGAGGAGCUCUGGGAGCAGGAGAUGGAGUGGCUGCGUACCUCCCGGGAGCCCCUCCGCUCACUGCCCUAUGCCAUGUCGGACAAACGCUUCAUCCGGCAGAUGCGGGAGCCCAAGGGCGUGGAAAUGACGUGCAGGCAGCAGUGGCAGCGCAGGCAGCAGACCAUGGCACAGCGCCUGAGGGAGGCAGCAUGGCGGCUUGCCCGGGGUUUCGGACUCUGGGAGGGGGCGCUGUAUGAGAUUGGGGGCCUCUUCGGCUCAGGCAUCCGCUCCUACUUUACCUUCCUCCGCUUCCUGCUGCUGCUUAAUCUGCUGACUGUGCUGCUGACUGCCAAGUUCGUGCUGGUGCCCCUGGCCUGGCUCCGCCCCCCGGGCCCGAGUCCCGCCCUGAACGUCACCCUCCAGUGCCCCAGUGGCCACCAGCCCCAGACUGACGUCCCCAGGUUCCACAACCAGCUUUGGAAUGUUUUAACUGGCAGGGCCUUCAACAACACCUAUCUCUUCUACGGCACCUACCGAGCAGGGCCCGAGAGCAGCUCCGCCUACAGCAUCCGCCUGGCCUACCUGCUGUGCCCACUGGCCUGCCUGCUGCUCUGCUUCUGUGGGACGCUGUGGCGGAUGGUGAAGGGCUUGCCGCAGAGGCCGGGCCUGGGCCAGGCCUACAGGGUGCCUCUCAGUGCCAAGGUCUUCUCGUCCUGGGACUUCUGCGUCCAUGUGUGGGAAGCGGCCACCAUCAAGAAGCACGAGAUCAGAAAUGAGUUCAAGGGGUACCUGGAGGAGAGCCACCGCCUCCGCGAGAAGCGGCGGGAGACCCCGGCUCAGCGUGCCUGCCGCCUGCUCAGCUACCUGCGCGUCAACGUCCUCAUGGGACUCCUGGUGGCCGGAGGCAUCAGCGCCAUCUUCUGGGCCACUAAGUACUCGCAAGGCAACAAGGAGGAGCCCCUGUUCGUGGUGCUCCAGUACCUGCCCCCCGGGGUCAUCUCGCUGGUCAACUUCUUGGGGCCCCUGCUGUUCAUGUUCUUGGUCCAGCUGGAGAACUACCCGCCCAGCACAGAGGUCAACCUCACCCUCUUCUGGUGUGUGGUGCUGAAGUUGGCCAGCCUGGGGAUGUUCUCCUUCUCGCUGGGUCAGACCAUGCUGUGCAUUGGCAGAAACAAGACCAGCUGCGAGCCCUUCGGCUACAACGCCUGUGACUACCAGGUGUGCUGGGAAAACUCAGUGGGCGAGGAGCUGUACAAGCUGAUCAUCUUCAACUUCCUCCUCACCGUGGCCUUUGCCUUCCUCGUCAGCCUGCCCCGGAGGCUACUGGUGGAGCGGUUCUCGGGCUGGUUCUGGACUUGGCUGGACCGUGAGGAGUUCCUGGUGCCCAAGAACGUGCUGGACAUCGUGGCGGGGCAGACGGUCACCUGGAUGGGCCUCUUCUACUGCCCUCUGCUGCCCCUGUUGCACAGCAUAUUCCUCUUCCUCACUUUCUACAUCAAGAAGUACACCCUCUUGAGGAACUGCAGGGCGUCCCCUCGGCUGUGCCGCGCCUCCAGCUCCACCUUCUUCUUCCAGCUGGUGCUGCUCCUGGGCCUGCUCCUGGCAGCAGCGCCCCUGGGCUAUGUGGUCAGCAGCACCCACUCCUCCCGGGACUGUGGCCUCUUCGCCAACUACUCCACCCCGUGGCAGGUGGUGCAGGAACUGGUGGCUCUGCGGCUCCCGCUCCCUGGCCAGCGUGCCCUCCGCUAUCUCAGCUCUCACGCCUUCAGCUUCCCCCUCCUCAUCCUGCUCAGCCUGGUCCUGACCGUGUGCAUCUCCCAGUCCCAGGCCAACGCGAGGGCCAUCCACGUCCUCCGGAAGCAGCUGGUGUGGCAGGUCCAGGAGAAGUGGCGCCUGGUGGAAGAGCUGUCACGGCUGCUGCCGGAGCCAGGCUCGAGCGAAUCUCUGAUCCCCGACUCCCCUCACUUCCGCGCUUUGCGCCCGCGGUCCUUCGGCCCCGGAUUCCCGAGCCCAGGAUCCCCAGGCCCCAGGCCCCAGGCCCCAGGCCGGGAACCUUCCACGUGGACUCCCCCUGUUUAGGCUCCUCCUAUCCCGGAUAACAGGGUGGCCCGGCCCGGCCUGACCCAACCCGACCCCAUGUACAUCCACUGUAGCUGCAGCACCGAUUCUCCACGGAUGGAUCUGCAGCACCCACUUUCCCGCCCUGGCCUCUGGAGCCCCCCAACAGGACCCCCCCCAAAGAGGGGCACACAUCCUCAGGGGCAGCAGGAAGACCAUAUGGAAAUUUCUUUUACUUUUUAUCUCAUCCCUUUAAAAUUGCUAUUUUUUACUAAAUAUUUUAUA